AUGGCUACUAGAAGGUUAUUAAGACAGGGUUAUCCAGGUUACUUGGCUGUUGUGAGAGAUACUCAAGCGAAGGUUAGAGAUAUAAGCCAAGUGUCGGUGGUGAAUGAGUUCAUGGAUGUAUUUCCCGAGGAACUACCAGAGGUGGGAGAAAGGAAACUCUUGGGGCCUAAGUUGGUGCAGGAUGCCACCGAGAAAAUACGCAUGAUUCGUCAAAGGAUGUUGUCAGCACAAAGUAGGCAAAAGUCAUAUGUUGAUAACAGAUGGAGGAACUUGGAGUUUCAAGUGGGGGAUCAUGUACUUUUGAAGGUCUCACCAACAAAAAGGGUAAUGAAGUUUUGCAUGAAGGGAAAAUUAAGCCCUCGGUAUAUAGGACCCUUCGAGAUUUUAGAAAGGGUUGGAGCAAUGGCAUAUCACUUGGCAUUACAACCAGAGCUUUCGAAUAUUCACUUCGUGUUUUAUGUGUCAAUGCUUAGGAAGUAUAACCUGAAUCCAUCUCAUGUAAUACGGUAUGAAACCAUCCAACUGAAAGAUGAUUUGAACUAUAAGGAGCAACCGAUAGCUCUCCUUGAUCUGCAAGUUAAAAAGCUCCGUUCAAAGGAUGUAGCCUCAGUUAAAGUGUUAUGGGAAAACCACACCAGUGAAGAGGUAAUGUGGGAAGCUGAGGAGGAGAUGCGAACAAAGUAUCCACACCUCUUUAAUAUGUAG